CUCCACUCUCUUGACUCCUCCCAUUUCCGCCCUCCUCCCCUCUCCCUCGGUCGACGUUUGAUGACGUAGUCGACGCGGUGUUUUUACCAUGGCGGCUAGCUGCUAACUGCGAUAAAAUUGUUGUCUUUACAGCUUAGAGAGACUUUUAUACGAAAACAGUGAAACACAUUUCAUUUAGAAUGAAUAACAGGACGUCUUACUUUUACGACCCGGACGUGGGGAACUUUCAUUACGGUGCGGGCCACCCGAUGAAGCCUCACCGCCUGUCCCUCACACACAGUCUGGUGCUGCACUAUGGACUCUACAAGAAAAUGAUGGUGUUCAAGCCCUACAAAGCAUCUCAGCACGACAUGUGCAGGUUCCACUCUGAAGACUACAUAGACUUCCUCCAGAAGGUCAGUCCCAACAACAUGCAGGGCUUCACCAAGAGCCUCAACACCUUCAACGUCGGAGACGACUGUCCUGUGUUUCCUGGACUUUUUGAGUUCUGCUCAAGAUACACAGGGGCCUCUCUGCAGGGAGCGACACAGCUCAACCACAAGAUCUGUGACAUUGCCAUUAACUGGGCCGGAGGUUUGCAUCAUGCCAAAAAAUUUGAGGCGUCCGGGUUCUGCUACGUCAACGACAUCGUCAUCAGUAUACUGGAACUACUCAAGUACCAUCCCAGAGUCCUCUACAUCGACAUCGACAUCCACCAUGGGGACGGCGUCCAGGAGGCCUUUUACCUGACAGACCGGGUCAUGACGGUGUCUUUCCACAAAUAUGGAAACUACUUCUUUCCAGGAACAGGUGACAUGUACGAGGUCGGAGCUGAAAGCGGACGGUACUACUGCCUCAACGUUCCUCUCAGAGACGGGAUCGAUGACCAGAGCUACAGGCAGCUGUUUCAGCCGGUUAUCAAACAGGUCGUGGAUUUCUACCAGCCGACAUGUAUCGUUCUACAGUGUGGAGCAGACUCCCUCGGCUGUGACCGGCUCGGCUGCUUUAACCUCAGUAUACGUGGUCACGGGGAGUGUGUGGAGUUUGUCAAGAGUUUUAAGAUCCCUCUGUUGGUCCUGGGAGGAGGAGGGUACACGGUGAGGAACGUGGCUCGCUGCUGGACAUUUGAGACGUCUCUAUUAUUGGAUGAAUCCAUCAGUGAUGAGCUGCCUUAUAGCGAGUAUUUUGAGUACUUUGCUCCAGAUUUCACGCUGCACCCUGACGUCAGCACCAGGAUAGAGAACCAGAACUCCAGACAGUACCUGGAACAGAUCCGGCAGACUGUGUUUGAGAACUUGAAGAUGUUGAACCAUGCACCCAGCGUCCAGAUCCACGAUGUUCCCUCUGACAUGCUGAGCUACGAACGCAACGACGAGCCCGACCCUGAUGAGAGGGGAGCAGAGGAGAACUACACCAGGCCCGAGGCCGCCAAUGAGUUCUACGAUGGAGACCACGACAACGACAAAGAGAGCGACGUAGAGAUUUGACCCACGAGAACGAGAGUCGUGCUUUCCUGGGUGAUGUUGAGCAUCUGAAGCCGUCACCUAAUCUCUACAGACUCAAUCAAAACUCAACUGGAAGGACAGAAACAACUCUCGGCCUCUACUGUCAGAUGGUUCUCAUCCUCAAGAGUCCUCAGUCUGACCUCAUACUGACUCUGUUUCUAAGACUGGUGUGGACCAGAGCCUGGUAGAUGAUGUCACUAAGUCUAUUUUCACAUGGCAGUAUCUGUGUUUCUAUCUGGAGUUUGAAGUCAACAUGCAUCAAGUAUUAUAACAGAUAUGUUUAUGAAUAUGAGCUGUGAUGUACUUUACAUUUAUGCACACAGAUUCAGGAUCACAUGGUCCCUUUAGUUUGGACUUUACCAGCUGGAUGGACUCGUGGAAGGACUAAACACAUUGAAAUCACAAGUUUUGAUAGAAACGUUCUUUUCUUUACAUCUUUUCCACUCGUUAUAUCUUGUUUAUGUUAUCGUAGAAAGUGACUUUUGAAAUGAAAUGAACAUGUUACCUUAAUCAAUACAGGGCACAGCCAUGUUUCCCCUCAGUGAAGAAUUCUGAUCCACGCUCUCCUUCUCCCUGACAUUUAAGAGCUGUUAUCUCGGGGCAAUCAUGUGACGGUGCUCAUCAAACAAACAAGCAGUAAGAGAUUGUUGUUCCACUUCCUCCUCACAGAUCACAAGCAUGUGGGAAGCAGUUUUAAGUGUUUGCCAGGAGCCAUGAGUCACAGAUUAAGCAUGAUUUUUAACAUCUGGUCGAACAGUUUGAGACGGAGCUGUAAAUGUUUCAACUACCAUUUUAGUUCAGGCUUUUCAUCUUGGAAUCUUUCUGAAGCUGCCAACAUGGAUUUCAACGAGGGACUGAAAAACAAGCCGAUCCAAACAACCAGGAUGGUUAUCGCUAUAAUUACUGUUUUCAUUCCUUUCUUCAUUUUUGUCCAUUCAUUGUAAAAAAUACACACGUGUGUAGAUUCUAAGUGUUCGUUUUGUAGACGAGUAUGAUGAAGGGGACGAGCCUGAGUCGACUUUCUUCUGGAGCAGGAAGUCGACUCAGUUAUUGGAUGCGAGAUUCUAAUUCUUCACUGUGCAGUUACUCAGACUCAUCACACAAUAAGAAGUCCACUCCACCAUCUGCCCCUCCCCUAAAUGUCUUUUAGCCAUUUUUCUAUACUUUGAUAUUGUUGUUGUCUGCUUUGUUUUUAAUAAAAAUACAAUUAAAUAA